UAUAAAUACAAAAAAUAGAAAAAUUGGAAAAAAAGAAAAAAGAAAAAAAGAAAAAAAAGAAAAGUCAUUGGAAAAAAAACAAGCAGAAGCCACCGGAAGUCCACAACAAAGUGCGAGGAGCCCGCUUCUACAGAAAGCCUCCUAUUCCCACGCCCACUUCCUUCACAGAUUUUGCAGAGCAAGGGUGUUGAAUCAACCUCCACUUCCCUCCUCUCUCCCUUGUCUUUCCUCCGCGGUACCCCCUCAUUUUCCUGUGACAGCCAUUUCAUCACCACAUUCACCACCUAUCCUCUUUCCAUUCUCCGUCCAGCAUUGUUUUUUUCUGCACCUUUUCUGGCGUUUCCUUGGUGGGGCUUUUCAUUUUUGAUCUGAUUUUAUCUGGGUUUGUGUUGCUUUCCAUUUUGAGGUCGUUGUGCAGCUGGGUUUUGUUUGUGGGUGGAAGAAAAUGCAGAGGAAGUGAGAAAAAAGAGAAGGAAUGGUGUGGUUUUGGGUGAAGAUCUGUUGAGAGAUUCACGGGUUGUGGCUCCAUUUUGAAUCUGUUUUCUGCAUUGGGAUUGUUGUAGAGGUUGUUUGGGCUAUUGGGUGUCUCAUGUUUUCAAGUUUUGUGGAGAUUACAUGCUGAAUUUCAAUUCUUUUUGUGUUGGAAUUUAGUUGGAUUUGAUGGAUGAUGAAUGGGUUGUGUGGUUUUUGUUUUCUCUCCUUUAAUCUGGAAAUGGGUCUGUUUGGCUUAUAGUUAAUCUUGAUGUUAACUGUCAAAUGCUUGUUUUGGUGUAUGUUCUUAGAAGGAAUGAUCUUUGUUUGGAAGCUAGAUAUGAGAUUCCAGAAUAGAUAUUAUUGAUUUAAUUGAAGAUUCAAUUAGUUUUGCAAUGGCAGAGAGGAACGCCUCGCCGCUUGGAUUUGUUACCCGAAAUUCUUUGCUAUGUUUGUUUUCAGUAGCAUCCAUUUUGUUCAUACUAUCUUGGUUAUCUGUGCUGCGGUCCACGGGCCGCCCUCGCUUCAUUGACCAUAGUUUGCUGCCCAAUUCUAAGCUCUUUGCUGUGACUGAUAACGGUAAUUCUGAAUCUCAAAAUCAAAAUGACAUUGAACCCUCAAUUGAGAGUGAAGAAAAAGCACUUGAAGGGAAAAAUUCUGUGAAAUGUGGUUCAAACUAUCCGGUUCUUAAGGUUUUUAUGUAUGAUUUGCCGGCAGAGUUUCAUUUUGGGCUCUUGGAUUGGGCACCCGCUGGAGAAAGUGUUUGGCCUGAUAUUCGAACCAAAUUCCCUCUUUACCCUGGUGGGUUAAACUUGCAACACAGCAUAGAGUAUUGGCUUACCUUGGAUCUCCUCUCUUCAGAAUUUCCUGAAAAUCAGAAUGCUCGUGCUGCUAUAAGAGUGCAUAAUUCGAGUGAAGCUGAUGUUAUAUUUGUUCCAUUCUUUUCCUCAUUAAGCUAUAACCAUUUUGGCAAGUUCAAGGGACGCCAAAAGAAGAAUGAAAACAAUCUGCUACAAGAUAAGUUGGUGAAGUUUUUAACUGCUCAAGAGGAAUGGAUUCGGUCGGAAGGACGGGACCAUAUAAUUAUGGCCCACCACCCCAAUAGCAUGUUAGAUGCAAGGAUGAAGCUGUGGCCAGCAAUAUUCAUACUUUCAGAUUUUGGAAGGUAUCCCCCAAAUAUAGCAAAUGUCGGAAAGGACGUGAUUGCACCUUACAAACACGUAAUAAAAAGCUUCAUCAAUGACACAUCCGAUUUUGAUAGCCGUCCAACCUUGUUGUACUUUCAAGGAGCCAUCUACAGAAAAGAUGGUGGGUUCAUCCGACAGGAGUUAUUUUACCUUCUAAAAGAUGAAAAAGAUGUGCAUUUUGCAUUUGGAAAUACACAAGGGAAUGGCAUCAACAAGGCCAGCCAGGGAAUGCACUCCUCAAAAUUCUGCCUCAACAUAGCAGGUGACACCCCCUCAUCAAACCGCCUCUUUGACGCCAUUGCCAGCCACUGUGUCCCAGUCAUAAUCAGUGAUGAGAUUGAGCUCCCCUAUGAGGAUGUCCUUGACUACUCACAGUUCUGCAUAUUUGUUCGCACAUCAGAUGCCCUCAAGGACAAGUUCCUCAUAAAACUCAUAAGGAGCAUCAAGAAGGAUGAAUGGACCAGGAUGUGGAGGAGGUUGAAAGAAGUCGAGAACUUCUUUGAGUUUCAGUACCCAUCAAAGGAAGGCGACGCAGUGCAAAUGAUAUGGCAGGCUAUCACACGAAAGGUUCCUGCCAUCAGAAUGAAGUUACACAAGUCGAGGCGAUUUUCCAGGUCUUCUGUUGGUAGGGAAAGAGUGCUAAACUCAAUGCAAUUGCCAAAAAAUUUUUGGUGAAGAAGCCAUGAAGGGAAGUGGGACUGCAGUUUUCUAUAGCUUUUGAUGUGAGGUACAUAUACUACAUUUAGUUUCUUCUGCUAAAGAAGGUGAGAACUGCAAUGUGUCCCACUGCAGAUUUUGAAGGUCCUUAUAUGGUAAUGUUUUUGUAAACUAGGGAGAAAAUGGGGCAAAAGAGAGAGAAAGGGAGUGAUGUGUUAGGCACUUGGCUUACAUUUCUCAUUGAAGGAAAUUGACCCCAUGGUUGGUUCAUUUA